UGUAUUUUCUUGAGCAGGGAUUUCUUGACACAAUGCAUUCCUUGAAGACUGUGGCGGAAAAAGUCAAAAGAAGCCCACAAGUCAUAAGAAAAAAGAUCACUAAGCAAUAUGACAACUUGAACCAUCAUCAAGAGCUGAGGGAAGACUGGUUGCAUGAACCUGAACCGUUGCUUGAUGGUGUACCCUUUUAUGUCAAGAUUAAGAAGACAAAAGAAGAAAGUCAUUUACAAAAAGUUCUUCUUACUGUCACGACCAAACGUGUGACCAUUGAAGAUAUGAUUACUAAAGUUUCUUUAAUGGAAAUACCAAUUUAUAGGAUAUCUUACUGCACUGCCGACCCAAAUUAUCCUAAAAUCUUUGCAUUCAUCUCGAGAGAACCAAAAAGCAAGGUGCUCAAUUGCCAUGCGAUGCUAUGCAGCAAGGAGUCCAUGGCUCAAGCAAUAUCUCUAACCGUAGCGGAUGCAUUCUCGACAGCAUAUGAAUCAUAUGAAGAAGCAAAUCAAGUGAAGAUGACACAAGUACUUCAUGAAAUCAGUCCAGAGAAAGAGCAAAAAUCUUCAGAGAAAGAAAAACCAAUUUCGCUUUUAUCUCUAAGUCAAUCAUCCUCGAUGUCUAAUGAAACGAAAUCUCAAGAUCCUACUCUUGAAAAAAAUCCUUCCUUCGAAACUGAAAGCCUACUUAAAAAUAACAAUAGUUUGUUGCCUGAUUCGGGAAAUCCUUUUCAAAAAGUUGACUUUUCAAGCUCAAGUACGAAUCCAUUUUCACAAGCCAAGAUGUCGGGAUAUUCGUGUGAUGACAAUGGCAGGAGCCAACCUUGUAUUAAGGUUACCGGAGAUGAAUUCCUCGGUGCGUUGUCAUCAGGCUCAGUAAAUGAAUCUGCCAGUAGAAUGAAGGCGUUGGAUCUGGCCGUAGAUGACUUUGAUAACGAGUUUACACAGCUUGCCAAAUCCCGCUCAAGCAGCAACCUGUUCGAAACCCCUGUCCGAAGAAGCGAUUUCCAUGACGACGUCAAGACACUCAUGGCCAAUGAGCGGACAGCAAUGGAUCUAAUGAAAUCACAUUCACAUGAAGAUCUGUUAAUGUGAAACCCGUCAACAAAAAAGAAGUGGUUUACAAGGGGGUAACGAGAAAGUAAUAUAUAGGCGUUUUCCACGCGUCUGAAGCUACGGAUACACGUGCGCAGUGUUACAGGCUAUCGAUGUUGCGAGCCUUGUCACACGACGCAAUUCGUCACACGCGACGAUCCAAAAUUAGCAACAUUGCCUCCAAUAUUGCGCGUAUUGCGCGCAAUGUUGCAACGCCUUUAGCACCUUAUUACAUGAUAAAAUUGGAGCGUUAAUAAUGUCUAGUCGCUGGGUCAACAGACCCUAUUAAACUUGAGUAAUAUAUGAAACGAUGGCUACAAUCUAAUCUUGGUUGGACUUAAUGUGGUCAUACGUUUUCUGUUUUUAUCAGGAAGUCCAACCAUUUAAACCAUUGUUACAAGCGAAUUCGGAAAAGAUCUAUUAAGUCAAAUGAAGAUAAGAUAAAAUAAAUCGUCCUUGUUUUUAGAAUAACCAGUGACUAAAAAGCCUAUGACACUCAUUAUAUGAUCAAGCUAUGAUUAAGUAGACUUACAUCGACGACACGGCGGCCAUCUUGGAUUGCAAGGCAUUAUGGGUGCCAGGAGGGCAAAUAAAUCUGUGUUACAGUAUUGACAUCAAUUGAUAUUUAUAGCUCACCACAAGAGAAUACAACAUAAGAUGGGGAAAAAGAUGGCACCUCGAUCACCUUUACCCAUAAAAGAAAGACAAACACACGAAUGUCUUUAUAUUUUCAGUCAUCUUUGUUUAGUUUUGCCCCCUGGCAAGAUGGCCGCCGUAUAUCGUCGAAGUAGUUCAUUCCCAAUCUGCAUGUCAAAAAAAAGUCCCAUCUCCGACUCCGACGAAGGACUAGCGUCCGAAACGUCAGCAAGCUUUUUCAUCUUUUCACGGUGUACAAUUUACCUUUUCAUCAUUACUGUUUCAUUAGAAACACCGACGCAGCUCACACUAGUUUUUAGCUAGUUAUAUCUUCUCAUCUCUCGAGUAUGGAAGCUUUUUUGAUGUUAAUUUUCUUCUUAUUGUUUUGACUCCUCCAAGUUGAGAUUUUGUUCAAGGUGUUUAUAUCAAGAAAAUGAUUGUGAAUAAUAUUAAUUGUGAUUUCAUGUUUAGAAAAUGAUUGUAAAUAAUAUUACUUGUGAUUUCAUGUUUAGGUUCGCGUUGGUAUAGCGAUUCGAACUAAUUAUAGAACUUAAACAUAUUUAUUUUGAUAGAUCGAGAAAAUGUAUGUUUGUAAAUUCGUGAGAGUUUAUUAUUAUUAUUUUUGUAUUUUUGUCAAUCAUAUUAAAGCAACUACAACAUGCUUUU